AUGAUAUCAUUUGUGUUGAACACAUUCUCUACACAUGAAUACAUAGUGCUGUUUGCAUUAAACUGUUCCAGUGGCAGUGCCGACUCUCCCUCGUGGGAUUUAAGAGCUGAAGAGGGGGAAGGACAUAAUGAUGAUGAUGAAGAGGAGGAGGAAGAAGAGGAGGAGGAGAACAACAAAGCAGAGGAGAAAGAGAAAUCUGAGGACAUGGAGGGACAAUCAUUACAGGGUCAGAGCCAGUCCACAGCAGAACCCUCCAGGGACCAGAGGGGUGGAUGGAUUAUCAUGAAGUGUCUGUUGUGUAUAGUUGCAGAGGACUCAGGUCAGCCCAGUCCUUUGGCUCUGACAGAGGAGAGCUCUGCAUCCAGCACUCAGCUGCAGAAUCGAACAACAGAGGAGAAACCCAAGAACCAACCAAGGACCAACAGAAAGCUGUUGCUGUUCAAACGCCUGUCCUCCAAAGCCAAGCAGACAGAGGACAGUGCGGAAGCCCCAGUAGAGGGGGGCACCGGCAUGGGGGAGCUGCCUGCCAGUGCCAAGGGUCCCUCUGCAGGGCUGGAGAACAGAGAUCCUUCAGGGACCAGCGCUAGUGGUGCGCAGCCCCCUCUGAGAGCACCCUCGGACUCUGGUGGUAGAGGUGCCCGCUCUACCACCUGCACCCUACUGUGACGCCACUCAUUGGGUGUUGGAGAACUGGACUGGCAGCGCCAACAACCAAUAAACCCUUGAAGAGGAUGCACAUUGACUGUACACAACAAACAACCACUCCACUUUGAACACUAGCGAACUUCUCACAAAGUGACCUAUUUAUUGACAUUCAGUUCCCAUACUUCCCAUAUACGAAACAUGUAUUAUAAAUGUGUAUACUUGUAUUUAACGUGCACAAAAAUGUCUUUAGUUAACCACAGUGUGUUUUGAUUGUGCUUUUAUAACGUAGUUGUGUGUUAUAAACUGUGAGGAUAUACUAUUUAUUGCUGACUGAAAUAUCCCAAAUGCACAAUUGCACUUUAAAUGUAACCUUAUUGUGUGUUUUUCAGGGAAAUAUGACAUUUGUGUGUGUUCUGAUAUGUUAUUUUCAUCGUCUCAUAAACCGUUUGAACUUGG